AGGAAGAGAGAGAUGAGUGGGCGGAGUCUUCAUAACGUAUUAUGAUUUAAUUUUUAAUAAGAAAAUGGUAAUAAACUCAUUAUUCAUUUCGGUGACUAUUUCGAAAGGAAAGCAAAAUAGUUAUAGACCACAUAGGUAAUGUUAACCACGCCUCUUUAUAAAAGUACUUGUAAUUCGAAGGGUAUACGGCCUCCUGAUACGGCAGGCGAUUGGCCAAGACACAUACGUGUGCAUGCUGAUUGGCUAAGACACAUACAUGUGCAUGUUGAUUGGUUGUCAGUCUGAUACUCGAACUUACUUGACCUCGGGUUAGCUUUCACUUGGCCUGCUCUGCUUUUGCCAAUAGCGAAUUCGCAUUAUUAGUUGCUAGGUUACCAGCGUGCCUUAGAGACUGACAAAGCGUAAUAUUUGCGGUUCAGUCUUGUUGCAGUUGGCGUUCUGAAGAUCAACUUAGCCGCCUAUAGACAGCUCAAUGUCUGCCUCUGGUGCAACACCAACGUCAAUGACUCGUGCAGAACAGUGGUCAGAUGAGAUAGAAAACUUGUACAGGUUUCAGACUGCUGGAUACAGAGAUGAAGUCGAAUACAGGCACGUAAAGCAAGUGGAAAUGGUGGAUCGAUGGCCUGAAACUGGAUUUGUGAAAAAACUUCAACGGAAGGAUGAUACCUUUUAUUAUUACAAUAAACAGAGAGAAUGUGAAGAAAAAGAAGUUCAUAAAGUUAAAGUAUAUGCCUAUUAAAGUUCAUGUAUUUGUUGUAGUAUUUAUUUUUAUUUUCUUUUGGCAAACUAUUUUUAUACAGAAGUAGUGCUAUGUUCAUUAAAGUAAAGUAGAUGAUU